AUGUCUAAGAUUCUCACUGUUGUCGGUGCUACUGGAGCGCAGGGUGGCUCUGUGGUUACCUCUGCUUUGAAGUCCGGUGCCUACAAGGUCCGCGGUGUUACUCGCAACGUUGAGAGUGCCAGGGCCAAGGCAUUGGCCGCACAGGGCGUUGAAAUGGUAGCUGCAGAUACCAAUGAUCUUGCAAGCCUUGUCAAGGCAUUCAAAGGUUCUUAUGCCAUCUUUGUUGUCACCGAUUUCUUUGCCUCCUUCGGUACCAACGGCGUUGAAGAAACGGUUGCCAUUGAGUCUAACCAGGGAAUCAACUGCGCAAAGGCCGCCUCCAAGACUCCCACCCUUGAGCACUACAUCUGGAGUACUCUCCCGGACAACCAAAAGAUCUCCGGCGGCAAAUACUCCGUGCCUCACUUUGAGAGCAAGACUAGGGUCGAUGAGUACAUUCGCCAGGAUAAGGCGUUGCUGAGCAAAACUACUUUCCUCUUCAUUACCUACUAUGCGACAAAUAUCCUGAUGCCUAUGUUUACGCCUAGCCAAUUUAAAACCACUGGCAAACACGUUCAGCUGCUGCCUGUCGCCGAAGAUACCCCCAUUACUACUCUCGGCGCGACAACGAUCAACACCGGAAUCUACGUUCUCGCCAUCCUCCAGCAGCCUCAGCUCACCCUGCCUGCCAGGACCGUUCUUGCCGAGACCGAGACACGGACCGCCAAGGAUAUUGUGAAGCUUUGGUCUGAGGUCUCUGGAACCCCUGCUGAAUAUGCAUCGAUCUCCCUUGACCACUACGAUAACUUGUGGCCGAAAUGGGGUCGUGAGGUUGGUCUCAUGCUGCAAUUCUGGGACUACGCUCGUGAGAAGAGCUGGAUCGCGGAGGACGUGGUUAUCAAGAAAGAGGACUUGAACAUCACUGGCUUAGUGGGUAUGAAGGAAGUCUUUGCCGGAAUCGACUGGACUACUCUGUGA